AUGGGCAUCAAUUUCAUACUUGGUCUGCCAACCAACGCCUACGCCUUAUGGCUCAGCAUAACAGAAGCACGAAGGGGUGCCGUCUCUGACAUAUUUGUUCUCAACCAGUCACUGUGUGAGGUCCUGUGUUGCCUGGGAGUGGUACUGUGUUCGAUUUACAUGAAGAGUUUUUGGAGUUGUUCUACUGGUCCUGUGGUGGCUUUUUUGGGGAUAUUUUGCACUGCUCGCCCGAUCUUUUUGGCCUGUAUCUGCGUGGAGCGUUACCUGGCCGUGGUCCAUCCCGUUACGUUCCUGAGGUUCAAACCGCUGAGGUACAGGGUUCUCUGUUCGGCCGUGACCUGGUUGACCAUCCUCGGCGAUUCAUUUGUCACGUUUUUCAAUCUGAACAGCGUGCCGUUGCUUUACGUCAUUCUUGGACAAAGCCUGGCCUUCUUCUUCGUGAAAUGUUUUUGCUGUCUCGAAACCAUGAGGGCACUGAAGCAGCCUGGGCCGAGAGAAGGAGACAGAACAGAGAUGAACAAAGCAAAAGUUAAGGCCUUCAGAGUGAUUCUGAUCGUUCUUCUGUGUUCUAUUGUUAAUUAUAUCCCUAUGGUGGUGUCACUAUCCCUUUUCGGUUUUUUAAGUUUUGAAGAGUUCUUGUUCAGUUGCACCCUGUCUCUGUCCGUGAUGGUGAUGACUGGCUUUGUUCAGCCCCUCCUCUAUCUCUAUAGGAUGGCGAAACUGCCACACAUCAAGGGCUGCUGGUCUUGUUUGCGUUUCCUGAAAGACCAUAAAUAG